CGAAUGGCGACGGUAGCAGCUGCCCUGGAACCCUGGCAGGCGGCAGCUCCAAGGAAAAGGCGUUCGGCUACGCGGCGACCGGCGCGGCGAGAGGCCGCAGCCCGGGGCCCGGAGGUGGACUCCGAGGCAGACAGUGCAACCGUACUGCGUCGCAUCCGGGAGGCCGGGGAGGACCUACUUCUCUCUGAUUUCUGGAGUUCAGCACUAGAAACCAUCAACAGAUGUCUCAGGAAACAUCAGGAACUACUGAAGACACUGGUGGGGACUCUUCCGGAAGCCCUCGGAAACCUGCACCUUGACUCAUCACCAGAUGAGCCAGACGUGGCCCGUGACUGCACCCGGGGGGAGACGGGGGAGACCCUGGUCACGGGAGCCUGCCACUUGAAGUGCGUGUGUUAUGGCAUUGGGAACUUUGCCACCUGUGUCAUAGCUAGAAACCAGCUAACGUUUUUGCUGCUCUUCCUGGAAAAGUGCCAGAUUCCCAGAAGUCACUGCUGUGUGUAUGACCCUCUGUUUAGCCAACUGGAGAUUGCAGUUCUGAACACCCUAGGUGUGACUGUGCUCAGUGAGAACGAGGAAGGAAAGCGGAGUAUUUGUGGUGAGCCCACAGUCUUUUACAUGCUCCAUUGUGGGACAGCUUUGUACAACAAUCUUUUAUGGAGUAACUGGUCAGUAGAUGCCCUUUCCAAAAUGGUCAUCAUUGGAAACAGCUUCAGAGGACUUGAAGAAAGGUUGUUGACAAGGAUUCUGCAGAAAAAUUAUCCCUACAUUGCAAAGAUUUUCAAAGGCCUGGAGGAGCUUGAAUUUCCUCAGACCCCACAGUACACAGACAUAUUUAAUGACACCUCCGUCCACUGGUUCCCUGCACAAAAGUUAAAACAACUCUCUGCGGAUACGUGGGUGUUCCGGGAAGAACCAGAUUAUCAGGACUGCGAGGACCUUGAAAUCAUCAGGAAGAAGACAGAAGACCCUUCAGCUGGUGACUCGAGCUCAUUAUAAUGUAUUCCAUGUUGGCUGAGGGAAAGUCUGC